AUGAAGAACCAGACCUUUCUGAGUGGGUUCUCGCUCCUGAGACUGACGGAUAGCAUGGUGCUGCUGGGGCUGCAGGCUGCGCUGUUCUCUCUUGUCUACCUGUUGUCCACCCUGGAGAAUCUGACCAUCGUCCUCCUCACAGUUCUUGACCGCCACCUCCACACCCCCAUGUACUUCUUCCUGAGGCAUUUGUCCUUCCUGGACCUCUGCCUCGUUUCCACCACAUUGCCCAAAUCCAUUCUCAACUCCAUCACCCUCAGCGACUCCAUCUCUUUCUUGGGCUGUGUAUGUCAGCUCUUCUUGAUGGUCCUCUUGCCAGAGUCAGAGGUGGGAAUCCUCACUGCCAUGUCCUAUGAUCGCUAUGUCGCCAUCUGUCACCCUCUGCACUAUGAGGCUGUCAUGAACAAAAGGUUCUGUGUCCGGUUGAUGGCUUUGUCCUGGCUCAGCGGAGGGGCCCUGGGCACCUUGUACUCAGCUGAAACAUUCUUUCUGAAUUUCUGUGGCUCCAACAGGAUUCACCAGUUUUUCUGCGAUGUCCCUGCCAUUCUAGAGGUCAGUUGUUCCGAGGAGCAUGCUGCUAUGAAUGUCGGUGUGGCUCUUGGUGUCCUCUCUUCAUUCUCUUGUUUGGUCUGCAUCUUGGUCUCCUAUGUGUUCAUUUUCUCUACUGUGUUGAAGAUGCCAUCCAGGGAGAGCCGGUCCAAAUCCUUCUCCACCUGUGUGCCCCAUCUAAUGGUUGUGGGCACCUUUGUUCUAACAGGUAUUGCUGCUUAUUUAAAGCCGACUUCCAGUGAACCUAAUCUUCUAGACUUGGUGUGUUCUAUGAUGUACUCUGUGACACCACCUUUCUUGAACCCCAUUAUCUACUGUCUGAGGAACAGGGACAUUCAAUCUGCUCUAAGGAAAUUCCUUAGGAAGGCAAAAGGGUUUCUUUAG